AUGAUUUUGCAGUCUGCUAGGCUGUCGGUUGAGAUGGAGGCUCCUGGCGCAAACUGGGAAAAGGACGAUGACAACCAGGAGGUGGGCUUGGAAGGAGCCAUCCUUGGGUUGGGAGGAUGCCGGGGAAUCAAGAGGAAGUUGAUCCAAUUUGAAGUAGCCAAGUCAGGAUCUAUCGAACCAGCUCAAAGCGUACCUUUUCUUAGAAGAAACCAGGCGAGACAGAAUGGGCGCAAGACUUCUCAGUUUGGGCCUCAUAUUUCUCCUAUAUACCAUGUUCGUAUGGUGGCGCUUCAGCGAGGUGCUUUAGCAACUCGACUGCUUCAGGUUUGUCUUCUUUUGAUACCUGAAAGUGGGUUUGCAAUAUGGACUUUUGUUGUUUAG